GAAAUGAAACCUUCUGAGGUACCUGUUUUGUUUUAUUUUGGAUUACGAGCGUCAGGAGAUCAGGUUCAGCAGCACUAAGAGACACCGAGGCUGAAUGCAGCACAUCACCACCAGGCGGAAAGAUUGAGCCUUGACUUCCUCUGACCUCCAGGCAUCUGUUAAACAUUGAAAGAUCUUUUUUUUUAAACAUAGAAACAAAACGUCCCAGUCAAAGAGCCUGGCGUUUGUCUAUAUCAGAUAUCUCACCAGAGAGACAUCUGGAUAGUUUUUUCCCCCCUUGGGUUGCUUGUUAGCUUUGCCAUUGGAGUCAUGGAUAAUACAUGGUUGCGGUGGCUGUGGUACCACAGAAACUACUUCAUCAUAGUCAUCACUCCGCUGGUGUUCCUGCCCCUGCCCCUCAGAUACCCUUCAUCGGAGGCGAGAUGUGGUUAUGCUAUCAUCCUCAUGGCUCUGUACUGGUGUACAGAGUGUAUGCCUCUGGCUGUGACUGCUCUGCUGCCAGUCGUCCUCUUUCCUAUGAUGGGCAUCAUGAGCGCUGGGGAGGUCAGUAUCGAAUACCUGAAAGACUCUAACAUGCUGUUCAUCGGUGGCCUGUUGGUGGCCAUUGCAGUGGAGCACUGGAACCUCCAUAAACGCAUCGCUCUGCGAGUUUUGCUGCUGGUUGGUGUUCGUCCAUCCCUGUUAAUGAUGGGCUUCAUGAUCGUCUCGUCCUUCCUCUCCAUGUGGAUCAGUAACACGGCCACCACAGCCAUGAUGCUGCCCAUCGCCCAAGCCGUGCUGCAGCAGCUGAAAGACACCGAGGCCCAGGCGGAUGAACGAGAGUUCCAGGCUGCAGCUGAGGACAACCACGCGUUUGAGCUUGAGAUGAGACAAAGUAAGCAGGACAUAACCAACGAGAAACACACCAAGGCUCAGCCAGAGGAAACAGUGUUUGAAAAUGACUGGACUCCACAGUCAAUGCAGGAAGCCAGGAGACAAGCAAUGGAGGCCAAGUACAACCUCCUGACCAAAGGGAUGAGUCUGAGCGUUUGUUACUCCGCCAGCAUCGGAGGCACGGCCACACUCACCGGCACAACCCCAAACCUCAUCCUCAAGGGUCAAAUUGACGAGCUUUUCCCUACAAAUGGUGACGUCAUCAACUUUGCCAGCUGGUUCGGCUUCGCUUUUCCCAACAUGGUGAUCAUGCUGGUGUUGUCCUGGUUCUGGCUUCAGUUCAUGUUCCUGGGCCUCAACCUGAAGCAGUCAUUUGGCUGUGGCAUGAAGUCCAACAGGGACAGAGAGGCGUAUGAGGUGAUGAAGGAGGAGUACAAUAAGUUGGGCAGCAUGAAGUUUGCUGAGGUGGCAGUGCUUGUCAUCUUCGUCCUGCUGGUGCUCCUGUGGUUCACCAGGGAGCCGGGCUUCAUAGACGGCUGGGCAACAGUGCUCUUCAAUAAGGACAAGGCAUUUGUGUCAGAUGGAACUGUGGCUAUCUUAAUGUCGAUGCUCUUCUUCGUCAUCCCCUCCCAGCUGCCCAAGCUCGGAGGCUAUGGUUAUACUGACACAGGUAAAAUGGUGAAGUCUCCCCCCAAUCUGCUGAACUGGCAGGUGGUGCACGAGAGGAUGCCCUGGAACAUCAUCCUGCUGCUGGGAGGAGGAUUCGCUCUGGCUGCUGGCAGUGAGAGAUCAGGUCUGUCCUCUUGGUUGGGAGACAGAUUGUCACCUCUGCAGAAUAUUCCCGCAUUUGCCAUCUCGUUGCUGCUCUGCCUGCUGAUAGCCACAUUCACCGAGUGCUCCAGCAACACAGCCACCACCACCCUGUUCCUGCCCAUUCUGGCCUCAAUGGCCAUAGCUAUAAAGAUACACCCACUGUAUGUGAUGCUGCCCUGCACCAUUGCUGCCUCUCUGGCCUUCAUGCUACCUGUGGCCACACCACCCAACGCCAUCGCCUUCUCCUCUGGAAGCCUCAAAGUCAUUGACAUGGUGAAAGCUGGCUUCAUGUUGAACAUCAUUGGGAUCUUGACCAUCAAUUUAGGCAUCAAUACCUGGGGAUAUGUCAUGUUUGACAUGGGCACCUUCCCUCAAUGGGCCAAUGUUACACACAAAUUUUGAGGGAUAGGAAGGGAGAGAGAGAGAGAGAUGGAGAGAGGGAGUGACAGGAUUGGUUUUCAAAGCCCCUGAAUACUUAAAUACUAAAAAAAUCUUAAGUAUUUCUCAGUUUCAUGAAAGUGUCAUGAAAUAUUAAUGACUAAAUUUUUUUUUUUUUAAAGUGAAUCUAUAUGCAUUUUUUGUCAAGCGGUUAGAAGUCAAAAACUUUCAGAAAUUCAAAAUAAAACACCAUUUAGACGCAGUUGCACUCAGCAGUGGUGUACCACUACCACUUGUUUGCACUCUGAAUCAGUCAUUUUAUGUGAUGGAUUUACAACCAAAACUGAGAUAAACUUGAAGUGUUAUCAGUUUAGAAACUGAUUGUUAAAUACGCUCUCCUGUUAGUGUUCAGCACUUCCUCGUGUCAUUCCAGCGAGAAAUGAGUCAUUUCCUUGUCUACUUUUACCUGAAUGUGAUGUCAUCUGGUUAUCUCUUUUUCAUUUGAAAAUCAUGCAAAGGUUCAUUGUUUGUUUGAGUGAUUAUUUAGAUAUUUAAGCAUGUGAUUAUUCUGAGUGAUAUUGUGUUUACAGAUACCGUGUAAAUGAGCUGAAAUUCAAUUAAUUGCAUCAGUUAAUUUAACUUAUUACUGUGGUCCUUUUGUUGGACCUUAAGUCUGUUUUUUGUUUUAUUUUUUUUUUUUUAUCAGUGUUUUUGUCACACUGUUUUUGCCAUGAGCAAGCAUUAACUUUAUAUUUCUUGUAAUUUGUAAACACCAAAGUGGCAGACUUUAGGUGAUUAUUUGUAUACCUAGAACCUACCUUUCUACCUAGAGUACCUUUCUUAUCUGCAACUCAUCUGGAUGCUAAUGGAGCUACCCUCACAGCAUAUUAGCUUAGCUUAGCAUAAAGAGUGCAAAUGAGGGGAAACAGCUAGCAUGCCAUUGUCCAAAGGUAACAGAAUCUACCCACCAGCAUCUCUAACCUUUUGGUGAGUUUACAAGAGGUUAGAAUAUGCCCUCUGAGCAGCACUAUUUCUUCAGGGCAGACUGGACACUACAGUAAGCCACUAUUGCAGAGUAACCAGAUGAGUUAGCUAGCAGAAGCCAAAAAAAAAAAAGUGAUAGAAACAAAACAUGAGUUAACAGUGCCAUUAUUUUCCACUGCUGGAGACAGCUCUUGGCGAGUAAAGGAAUGAAGUUUGAUGCUAAACUCACAAAGUUUCUUGCUAACAUUGCAAACUUGAAAGCUGUUAAUGCUAAUAUUGGCUAUGUAGCAAUAGCAAAAACUUACCAUAUAGCUCCUUUAAAACACAACUUGCCAUUUUGACACUUGAUACACGUUUUUAUAGUAUAUAGUUUAUCAGUGAGCUUUAGAGGUGCUAGUGGGGUUUUUUUUUAACCUUCAUAUCUGUUUUUCUCAUCUAACUCAAGAAAAGAAAGAAGCAAAAUUCCAAAAAUGGCAGAACUACUUCUUUUAUGAACCCACUCCAGCAUUAUUGGGAUGGUACACAAAGUUGAUGUGACACUGAAAAAUGUCCUUAAGCAUUGAGGAAGGUAAAACACAGAAAGCGCACAAGUCAAUAGCAGGAAGGUGUUACUAAUAUUGUGUACAGUGCACAGAUGAAAAGGUUGGUUGAAGGAUAACUUCGAGAUAAGAGGCUGCCAACAGGAUACGGUCGAGGUCAGUCUAUUUUGAGUUUAUUACAGGUGAAUGUAAUAAACUGAUGAUGCAAUGAGAGACAGAACAUCACAGCAGGGUGAUGUCUUUUUUUUCCACAUUACAUUUUUAUGUACCAGAGCUGUUUGUAUUCUGAAAAUAAAGCAUCAUCAUGUUAACAAA